AUGGUCGAUUGGGCAAGGUUGAAGAGCAGGUUGGCUGUGCCGAUAGAUGAGGACUCGCCGUAUGAAAACACAGUAUGGUGCAAUAGAGACUUGAUACCGAUUCCUCCAGAGCGACGAACUUGGGGUGUUUGGGGUUACGCCGGGUACUGGACGGUGUCUGGUUCAUGUAUUUCGGCAUGGACUACUGGAAGCACUCUUUUGGCCUUUGGGCUAAGCCCCCAGCAAGCAAUUGGAUGCGUUGCAGCGGGCGGAAUAUUCACUGGGCUACUUGCAGUUGCAUGCGGCUGGAUGGGUGAACGGCAUCAUAUCGGAUUCUCUGUCGCUUCACGGUUCUCAUGGGGUAUGAGAGGGUCAUAUUUUCCUAUCGUCCUCCGAUGCUUUCUUGGAUGCAUCUGGUUCGGAAUACAAUCUUACUGGGGAGGCCAGGCAACCAGAGUGCUCGUAGGGGCAGUCAUUCCGGGAUUUGCACACAUGAAAAACACAUUUUCUGAGAGCUCCCAUCUGUUAACUAACGAUUUUAUUGGAAUGGUCCUGUGGUACAUCGUAUUCCUACCAUUACUCCUCAUCUCCCCUGAACGACUACAGAUCCCAUUUGGUAUCUCAUUUAUCUUAUUCGGUUCAACAUGCAUCGGCAUCUUGGCCUGGGCGGUAAAGAACGCUGGAGGCCCUGGAUCGAUGUUUCACCAAUCAGCAACAACAGGUUCAGUCGGAUGGGGCGUAAUGUUUGGAAUAACCGCUAUCCUUGGUGCAUGGGGUGCUGGUACCCUGGGGCAGUCUGACUGGACACGUUAUGCAAAUCGCCCCCUAGCACCAACAUUAUCUCAACUAGUCGCUGCUCCUAUCACAAUCACAAUCACAGCUAUGAUUGGGAUAAUUGUAACUAGCGCUACUAAGGAUAUCCUUGGAGAAAUCAUCUGGAGCCCAAUUCAACUUCUCGCUGCUAUGCAGGAACAUUAUAAAUCUAGCCCACGAAUCCGGGCUGGUGUGUUUUUUGCCUCAAUAGGGACAGUCUCAACGCAACUAGCGAUAUCACUUGUCGUAAACUCCGUGUCAGCCGGGAUGGAUCUAGCCGGCCUGCAACCCAAAUAUAUCAACAUCAGGAGAGGAAGCUAUAUCAUGGUCAUUGUUGGGCUUGCAUCUCAGCCAUGGCAACUUCUUGCCAGUGCAGACAAGUUUCUCUCCGUGCUAUCUGGCUUUGGGAUAUUCAUGGCCCCCUUGACCUUACAUAUAAGCAACGGGAUAAUGCUAUCGGACUAUCUCAUCGUUCGACGCCAGACACUCAAGCUAUGUGACUUAUACAAGGGAGACUCGUCAUCUAUAUAUUGGUUCCGGCACGGCUUCAACUGGCGUGGAAUUGCUGCAUUUACAGUCAGCAUAUGGUCUCAAAUCCCCGGACUCGUUGCAUCAGUUAACAAGGACCAAUCCCCCGCCAUGCAAGGCUGGGUCAAAUUAUUCAACCUCACCUUCUUUGUCGGUCUGGUAAUGGGAUUCACCUGGAUGACCGUACUGUCAUACCUCUUUCCACCACCAGGCUUAGGCCUAGAUGCUCCGUUUGUAGAGGAUUAUCACCAGCCUCAGAAAGCAGCCCAAGAAGUCGAAAUAGCAUCACCCAACAAAGCUGGGUCAGCAUCUACUCCCGAGCCCUGUUGA